AUGUCUGAAUUCAAACUGUGCCGAUUCCUUUGUCUUGCCCGUAUCCCUGUGAACUGUACCCAUAUCUCGAAUGUGAAACGUUCGAAACCUCCGUCAGAUACAAUGUCAAUCGAUCAGAAAAAGAAACGGUUACAAAAUUCCGGUGUUUGUGUCUCCCUGGAAAAGGAGGCUUGCAUUGAUAUGUUUGACACCUGGUCUAGUAAAGAGCAAGUGGAUUUCCUGUGCCAUGUCCUGUCCCGAAUGACACACUUUCAGCAAAGUCAAGUUAACAAAUUACUUGAGCCUCUCCUAAAACGCGAUUUCAUCGUGGCAUUUCGAAGUCAUGGUGUCCCUCAUUUGGCGGAGCUGAUACUCACCCAGUUGGAUGCUUCAAGUUUGAAAUCAGUAGAGUUGGUGUCGCGCGGGUGGCAGUGGAGCGUAGCUAAAUAUCAGCUAUGGCGUCGACUGAUAGCCCGUCGUAUCGCUACCGAUCCAGCCUGGCACGGGCUUGCAGAACGCCGUGGUUGGCUGGAGUUGGUCAACCUUUCUGAUCCUACCUGUCUCCCUGCCGCUCUCGAACGUCGCGGUAUUGCUAUGGGUCUUCGACAAAAGCUCUCCGAUUCCUCUCUGCUCACUAGUGGUUGUGACGUUUGCGGCGCGGGCGUAACAGGUCCAGAUUCCGAAUUGGGAGCCGUUAAGGGCACUCCUACUUCUUGUCAGUGUCACAUUGGUGGCAACAAUUCUAGUGUUCAUCCCCUUCGACCUUCGUUACACACAGCCGAUGUGGACCUUUCGCAUUUAGUCUCCCAGAGCGAGCUUGUGGGAUCCGUUUCGUCUUGCAACGUCGUUCCCUCAGCAACUGCAACUAGUCCCAUUUCUCGUAUCCCACCUGUUGGUGCCUUCGAGACACCCACUCCACACCGGUCGUAUGCUAGCUCAUCAUUUACCCUGGAACCUGAUCCCAGCGAUACUGCCUCACCUGAAACGAUCAUGUUCGCCCAUCGCUUCUAUAAACAACUGUAUCCUCGCAUAAUACGAGAUAUUAAGCGUGUCGAGGACAAUUGGUCUCGAGGUAGUUAUCAUCUGACGCGCAUAUCUUGUCGAAGUGACGUAACAAAAGGUGUUUACUGUCUUCAGUAUGAUAAGGAAAAAAUUGUCAGUGGCUUGCGCGACGAUACCAUCAAAGUUUGGCGACGUUUUGAUCCACAAACCUGCCAUUCUAGUCGACAUCAGCGAUCUUCACAAUCAAGCACUCAGAGACCUGUUUUAGUUCCACGGGAACCAACAGCUGCUGAUGCUGAUCCAGGCGCCGAUGAAGCUCCACGACCCGCCGGUGAAAAUGGAGAAGUCAACCCGGCACAGGAAGCUGGCGACGCCCCUGCCCCCGAGGGAUUUACCACUGAUGCAGGCAGUGAUGGGUAUCAUUGCACUCAGGUAGAGUUCGAACCACCAUCUGCUUCUGGUGCCGUUGCAAUCCGUGCUUGUAUGUAA